GGGUCCACACUCAGGGUCACGUGAACUUCGUUCCAAGUGCUCCAUUGUUUGGGAUGCCUACAAAAAUGAUAAAAAGCUUCCCCAAAUGCUGGAAUCUUGCAACAAUGAUCUUGAGUGGUACAAGUCUGUAAAGGAGACGCAAGCAUCAGUGGAAGUGACAUCGUAUGGGCAAAUGGACAACAUUCAUAACUUUGGUCGCUAUUUUAUUGGUGGGAAGGGAAACGUAGCUAUGGACACUAUCCAUGAUGUAAUCCAUCUCACACUGAAACCGGGAAAAGAGAAAGAGCUACUAAAGACCAGUUAUAAUCUUGAUGAACUGAGAGACUUGGAGAGUAAGAUUGUGCUCAUCACUGGAAGUAAAGCUGAGAACAGAGCAGCUGUUGACCAUUUUCUUAAUACCCUUCAUUCUGUGUGUAGAAUAGCAGAAGUCCUGAUUAAGCUCCAGCAAAGUGGAAAUGUGCGCUAUAUUGGAUGGAAACUUGGUUUUACUUGCCAGGCAGUCCUAGUGGAGAAGCUACAGAGGCAGGCUAAGGAGAUGGAAAAGGAACUUGAGGAGUGGAAUAGAGAGGUGGCUCAUGCCCGGAAAAUUUUCUAUGAACUGAACUACUACACCACACGUCAACUGCUUGUGCUCCGGAGUGGGGUGAAGAUGUCAGAACCGUCUGCAAACCCACAUCAGUGGAGACAAGUAAAGGCACUACUUGAAAGCAUCUCUCGUGAAAUAACCCAAACCAAUGUAGUAAAUGUGGUGCAUGACAUUGCCAAGAAGCCAUUGGAAGAUUUAGAAGUAGAUAUACAUUCACCAUACCCUGCUGAUAUGCCCGUCGAAAGUGUUAUAGAGCCCUCCAUAGGUGUGGCAUCUUCCCCGUCCCUAUUGCUGGAUGAACAGUUGGUCACAGAUGCAAGGCCUACUGAAGCAAACAUACCACAUGUAGGGCUUUCAAAAGAAGACCUAAGUGUUGAGCAAAAAACACACUUUACUAAUAUAUUAGAACGCUUUGGAUACUGUGAAUUGACAGCUCUAAAAGCCAUUGAGGCAGUUGAUGGUGGAGACUGGAAUGAUAUAGAAAACUGGUUGGAGUAUAAUGGAGCUGAAUUGGAAGAAAAAUUCCAGGAGGCCCAAGAAGGUGAAGAGGAUGAAGAAUCAGAAGGCUCUGUAAUUGAGGAUGAAGAGGUUGAGACUAUUUUUGAUGAUGAAGCUGCUCUAACUCAAGCAGAGAUUGAAAACACUCUAGAUGCAGAUCCUUCUCAGGCUCUUCCAGCAAGUCCUUCAUCAUCAACCCAACUCAGGUCAAGAGUUAUAGUCAUUUAUCAUCAACAUGUUGAUGAGAACAAUGAGGAAGUGCAGCAGUUGCUGGAGGCAGAAGUGGGCUCAGUUGAAGAGUGUAUCAGAGCCAUUGAAGUGUAUGGAACAGCUGACGUGGCGUUCAAUCACAUAAUGGAACUGAAAGAAAAAGAAGCUAUUUUUCAAGAUAGUCAUCUGCCUAUUAUGCCUUUUGUUCAAGGAAAUGCAUUGUCAGGUGCUUCCCAGCCAGGAAUGAUUGGAAGUCGAAAUAUUUUAAUCUCGGUAAAGAAUGUCGGGGAGCAAUAUUUGAGACUGGAGGAACUUGGUUUAGUCCUUCGCCAGCUACGCCUCAACUUUCCUGCUAAUGUGCAAAGAGAGAGAAAAAUAACUGACCUAAAGCGUGGCCAGCCUCAUCUGCUAGUUGUCACACCAGACCAGGUUCUGAGAGCUUCUCUCUCUCUCUACAUGGAGGACAGCAGUCUACCCUUGCCCACACCUGAGGAGAUGCUCAUCUGCAACCAGAACACUACUUCUGAAGAGGUAAAUCUUCUGUGGCAAAGGGCUGUGAGUGACCCAGACUCCAAAAGGAUCUUCUGUCUAGUCCAUGCUGAGAAGUUGUCCUAUCACACAGCUGACAAGGCACUUCGAUCCCUUACAGAGCAAAUUCAGAACAAAGGAGAGUUCUCCUUGGUGAUUAUUUGCAGCAGUCAAGAUGAGGAGAAAAGUCCGAUCAUAUCCAAGCUUCAUCUGUACCGUAGACCAUAUGGAUUGUCUACAGACCCUACCAAGUAUAAAGAGUAUCUGGAGAAACACUUUGUAAAUGAAGCUCAGCCAUCCUUGCUAGAGAUGGGGAUGGGGAAUGUGCAUAAUUUAUCCGCAUCUGUUGUGGAUCACAAAGGAUCACGUGUCAGGGUCAUAUCCUCAACUCGAGCUGGCAUGGGAAAAACACUAUAUGUUACUCGAAUGAAGGAGAAACUUCAGGCUGUGAUCCCGAGACAUAAUUCCCUCGUAACAAUCCCAGUUCAUGGUCCAAUAGUAACCGUAGAUUCUAUAAUAGAGUGUCUAGUUCAAAAUGAGGACUCCUGUGGUUAUUGUUCAAUUCUCCACUUCGACAUCUCUCCUUCGGUACUGUGGCAGAUGGACACAGUUCUAUUUUCGCUUCUUAUCAACAGAGGAUUGUGUGACAGUCAAGGUCGUGUCUGGAGGAACCACCCUUCGCAGCUCUAUGCCAUUGAAGUUACUAUUUCUGAGGCACAUGAAAAUAUGCCUGUCCCUGAGCAUCUUGUGCAAAAAGUGCUUGAAAUCCUUCCAACUGUCACCAGUGUCAAGCCAAAAGAUGCUCUCUCCCUCAUGUCACUGGCUGAGGCGGACAGUACUAAAAUAGUAAUGGACCAGAAAACAUUUUAUAGUGAGACCUUUCAGAGGGUCUACCAGUAUCUGAGACGACAUGUUGCAAACAGCAAUUUAGACUCAUUUGCUUUUGACCAUAGUAGUAUUGAAGGGACUCCCCAUGACUGUCUCCAGAUUCUUCUCAGAUUCUGUGGAGUUAAGGAUCCUUCAUGGGCAGAAAUACGACACUUCGUCACAUUUCUGGGCCUCCAGCUGCAGUCCUGUGAAAGGUCAUAUUUCACUAACCCAGAAUUUGUUGGAGACGUGAUGGAUGGUUUCAAGAGCUUUGUUGUCAGAUUCAUGAUUCAAAUGUCCAGGGACGUUUUCUCCACGUCCUCCCUUAAAGGAGAGGUAGCACAGGAAAAUGAAGAACCUGAUGAUCAAGAGCAUGAUGUUCUUCAGCAGUACGAGAUUGUUGAGAGGAAGCAAUGGGAACACAGCUCUCAUCCUUACUUGUUCUUCAACCGAGAUGGAUGAGUUUCCACAUUCGUUGGAUUGUUGUUGACUAAUCAUGUGACCUGUGUGAUCCAACUCAACGUGGAAGAGUUAUAGAAAAGAGUAUUAUGACCCAACAGCUCUACACUGGUCUAAAGGCACAGAGAGUUGACCUUUAUGAAGAUUACCGCCAAUGGCCUAAAAAUGUCAUGAUUCAGAAGAUCUCAACAGUAAUGGGUAUAGAAUGGCUCCAUGAUCCAGACCCUACUUAUGUGCUAACAGUUGAUAACCUAAUCAAAAUCUUGGCCAUUCAGAUGAGAUUCAGGUGUAGUAUUCCAGUUGUGAUAAUGGGAGAGACUGGCUGUGGGAAGACCAGACUCAUCAGGUUCAUGUGUAACCUUGCCUCUCAGGGUAGUGGCCAAAGGAACAUGCUGAUAUUAAAGGUGCAUGGUGGUACAACAGAGAAAGACAUUGUUAGGUUUCUGAGAAAGGCAGAGGAGACUGCUAAAGAGAACAGGUCCAAGAACCUGGACACAGUUGUCUUCUUUGAUGAGGCAAACGCCAGUGAUGCAAUUGGACUGAUAAAGGAGAUCAUGUGUGACAGGAGAGUUCUUGGAAACCCUGUCUCAGAGGAUCUCAAGUUCAUUGCUGCAUGUAAUCCCUACAGGAGGCAUACACGGGAGAUGAUAAAAAAAUUAUGCUCAGCUGGCCUAGGGUUCUAUGUGAGGGAGACAGAAACACAGCAGAAACUCGGAAGAAUCCCCCUGAGAGAGCUAGUGUACAGGGUGAUUGACCUUCCUCCCAGUAUGAGACCACUAGUCUAUGACUUUGGUCAACUCAACACAGAGACUGAGAGAGACUAUACCACCCAGAUAGUCCAUGACCAUGUGGGAAAGCACACAAUUCUGUCACAGCAGGACACAGGAAUAAUACCUGUCAUAGCUCGGGUGUUGGCCUGGUCCCAGAUGUAUAUGAGAGAAAGAGAGGAAGAGAUGGUGAGGUAUCGAUUUGUAUACUGUGAAAAUUUCAUUUGAAUUUUACAGGGAGAAGCGCAGAGAAAUGCUCUUGCCCACCAUGAUGAAUACCAGUUCCAGUUACUACAUCUUCGGGUGUUACUUGUCUCACUUACUACUCCUCAUUCUUGCCGUCAGUGUCUGCUAUCAUGCCAGACUUAGUGACAGGACUGGAGUUUGAGCAGAAAGUUGCUCAUGAGUUUACUGCACCACUUCGACUGUCCGGUGGAGCAGUGAGUUUCAAAACAUUAUAGAUGGUCCCAGGAGGCUCUGUUAGAGAGUAUGGUCGUUGGAGAAAACAUUGCCCACAAUGCUGCUCUGAGAGAGAAUGUGUUCAUGAUGGCAGUGUGUGUGGACCUGAGGAUUCCUCUGUCCUGGUGGGGAAACCUGGCAGCUCCAAGUCUCUGGCCAAGUCCAUUGUGGCUGACUCCAUGAGAGGACAGGCCUCUCAGGAUAAUCUCCUCAAGUCCUUCAAACAAGUACUCAUUAUGUUGUGAAUGUGCUCAAGUGUUAAUUUUUCUUCUCAGGUCCAUAUGUUCUCCUACCAGUGCAGUCAACUCUCCACUCCUCAAAGUGUAAUAGAAGUGUUCAACACAGCCCAGAGGUUCCAGAUUGACCAGGACAUCACCAAAUAUGUGUCAGUGGUGUGCUGGAUGAGGGUGGGACUGGCAGAGGACUCUCCCAACCUCCCACUUAAGGCUCUUCACCCACUACUGGAGGAUGGGACUGAAGGCUCUGAUGAAAGUGAUGAGGUUUUGACUCGGGAUAAGCGUGUAGCAUUUAUUGGACUGUCUAACUGGGCACUGGACCCAGCCAAGAUGAAUCGUGGGGUAAUGGUGACUCGUGGAGACCCAGAUAUCAAUGAACUGGUGCUCAGUGCUCAAGGAAUCUGCCAGAGUGAGACGAAUGUCAAGGAGAUGACUCAGUAGUUACUUUGAAAUACUGGCCGAGGCCUACCAUACAAUUGUGAGAAGCAGACCAGACAGUCUUUGGCCUCAGGGACUUUUACAGGUUGAAGCAACA